AUGGUAUUAUCAACAUUUGAUAAGUGUGAAUGGAAUGGAGAUAUUCAGAUGGAUUAUCCAUUUGAUGCAGAGACGACUAUCUAUUCUCUUAAAGUUGUGGGUUCUUGUAAUGGCUUGGUUUGCUUAAUAUAUAUUUUUAAUGGCGACUUGAUCCGAUCUAAGGAUGAUAGAAUUUGUAUUUGGAAUCCAACAACCAGGGAAUAUAAGGAAGUAUCACUGCCUCCAUAUGAUUCAUUGGUUAAGGAAGAUUGUUACAACAUUAGAUAUGGAUUUGGCUAUGAUAGCGCAACUGACAAUUAUAAGGUAGUAAGAAUUUCGGGGCAUAGAAAGUCUCCCAAUUGCUUAAAAAUGCAAGUAUAUGCAUUGGGAUCAGAUAGUUGGGAAUAUAUUGACGACUCCAUUUCUUACUCUUUUAAUGAUUUUAGAAGCACAUGUACAUCUUUUGGUUUGUUUUUCCAUGGAGCGCUUCAUUGGAUUGGAAAAAGCCGUAAAACCUCCUCUGACGUUAUAGUCACUUUUGGUAUUAGCAAUGAGAGACUCAUGGAUAUGCCAUCAAUUGAAAAAUCUAUAGGAGGUUGGGGAGGAUUAGAUAAAGAGGUGGGGUUGUUGGGAGACUGCCUAAGUUUAGCUGUUGCGGUGAUAUUUGCCAGACUUGAUGUUUGGGUGAUGAAAGAAUAUUGA